CUGCGGGGCUCGGCGACGGCACGCCACCCUCCCCGUUCCGUCUCUCCCGGAAGCGGCGGCCGCGGAGCUUCCGUCCCGGACGCGGGUCGUCCCUCCGCCGCCAUGGCCGGGCUGUCGCGCACGCUCGGCAUCUUCGGCUGCUUCGUGGCCGUGGUGGGGGCCGCCUUCUACCCCAUCUACUUCCGGCCGCUGCUGCUGCCCGAGGAGUACAAGAGAGAACAGUCAAUAAACCGAGCUGGUAUUGUUCAAGAGAAUAUCCAGCCUCCAGGGUUAAAAGUAUGGUCUGAUCCAUUUGGAAGAAAGUAACGUUGCCAGCUGGUGCACUUCAAGGCAGAACUGAAGAUGAACUUCUUCAAUUAUUUCUUCUUACACUGAAGUAUGCCUUUGGGCAUCACUUGAGAAGAAUUCUGAUAAUGCUGUGUGGGCACAUGAGGAGCAACAAACGCUACUGGUUGAAAAGCCAAGAGGAAAAAACAUCCCAGUUUUGGCAGGGUGCUAUGGCACAAUGGACAGACUGCUAGGGAGGUGACUGUUUCUUGUGUUUAGAAGUAAAAUAUUUGCUUCCUUGAGAAAAAGGAAGAAUUAUUUUUGUGGUUAAUCUGUAAACAUUUGGAGAACAAAUUAUAAAUAGACUAAAUUAUGCAGACCACUGCAGUUUCCUCCCUCAUUUGAAAAUUACUUUCUGUGGUUUAAUUGUGAAAACAUGAUAGAAGUUUAUACUGAGAGAGACUGGUGAAGAUUUGCUCUCUCUUAGGCAGAGUAUAACAUGGUAAGUGAGAAUUUGUGCAUUAAAAUUUCUUCCUUUCAAACCAA